CGUGAGGCUUGACGCGCGUCGCUAGAAGUUGCUUCAUCCGACCUGUUGACAGCGGCACGCACGAGCGCACCGGGACCGAAGUUUCCUGCACUUUUGGAUGCUAAGGUUAAAGAAGCAAAUCUAAACUGGCGUGCAAUGCAGGGUUGAGUUAACCGUGUUUUGUUUUUACGCAUCAUCAUCAUCAUCAUCAUCAUCAUCCUCUCCAGGUGCUUCUCUGACGACCGGGGGCCCCUGGUCCUUUGUGUCUGAUCGUCCCUGAGAUGACCGAUCACUCGAGCCCGGAUUGGCUGGAAGUGGCUCGCGAUGAGAGCGCUGCUCGCGCUGUUGGCGGCGCUCGCGGCGGCGCGCGGCAGCAGGUACUGUCCCGAGCUGAUGAUUGACAGCUGUCACUGCACCGCGGAGAGAUCAAAGGAGUUCAGCCGGCAGAGCGUGCGCGUGAAGGCUGUGUGCGACGACGCGGACCUGACGGAGACCAUGCAGCCCAGCUCUUUACCCAACAAGACGGUGUCUCUGAUCCUGAGCAACAAUAAGAUCUCUGCGCUGAAGAAUAACUCUUUCCUCGGCCUGACAGCUCUGGAGAGACUGGAUCUCAGCAGUAAUCUCAUCAGCAGAAUUGCCCCCGGCGCGUUUCACGGCCUGAAGGCUUUGAGGAGACUGGAUCUUUCCAGCAACAGGAUUGGCUGUUUCUCUGCUGAUAUGUUUCUUGACCUUGGCCGUCUCUCCAAACUGAAUCUGUCUGGGAAUAUCUUUUCCACGCUGCCGGAGGGUUUGUUCACACACGUCCCGUCUCUCAGAGCGCUGCAGGUGGGCACAGACUCUCUGUUCUGUGAUUGUCAGCUGCGCUGGUUUCUGUCGUGGAUCAGAUCUCAGGCGGUGCGUGUCGGGAACGAAUCCGUUUGUGUGUAUCCGGCUCGCCUUCGUGGACUGGAGCUGCGCGGUCUUCAGGAGCAGCAGCUCACCUGCGACGGCCCUCUGGAGCUCCCCGUCCUGCAGCUCAUCCCGACCCAGAGGCAGCUGGUGUUUCGCGGGGACCGUCUGCCGCUGCAGUGCACCGCCUCCUUCCUCGACCCGUCCGUCAGGCUGUCCUGGAGCCACGAGCAGCGUCCCGUCCAGACCCUGGAGGACAGAGGGCUGUACGUGGAGGACAGCAUCGUUCACGACUGCUGCCUCGUCACCAGCGAGCUCAUCCUGUCCAACAUCGAUGCCGGCGUUUCCGGUAAUUGGCAGUGUCACGUGACCAGUUCCCGUGGCAACAGCUCAAUCGGCAUGGAGAUCGUGGUGCUGGAGACGACGACGCUGUACUGCGGAGCCGAGAGGGUCAGUAGCAACAAGGGCGACUUCAGGUGGCCGAAGACGCUGGCCGGGUUCAUGGCCUUCCUGCCGUGUGUCGCGUCCAGCUCUGGCUCCGCCCCUCUGGAGAAAAGGGCGUGGCGUAGGUGUGACCGCUCGGGCCGAUGGGCGGAGCACGACUACAACCAGUGCUCUUACACCAGCCAGUUCACCCGCAGCCUGCACGAGCUCACGCAGGUGUCGGUGAACGUCUCCAGCGCUCUGGUUCUGGCGCAGCGGCUCUCGUCUCUCUCCAGCAGGGCGGCGCUGUUCGGGGACGUGAUGGACGUCAUCUUCGUCACUCAUCUGGUGGAAAGACUCACGCGUCUGCUGGAUCACGUCAGAGAGCUGGCCGAUCACGUGCUGGACGUGGCUAGUAACAUGAUGGCGGUGGAGGAGCAUGUUCUCUGGAUGGCUCAGAACGAGGCUCGAGCCUGUACUCGGAUCGUUCAGUGUGUGGAGCGUAUCGCAGACCUCGCGCUCAACGCAAACACCACCGGCGUCUCAAAGGUCAUCUUUUAACAUCUAUUUCAUUUUUAAAUCAGAAUAAACAUUGCGCAUGCAUGCUGUCGCAAUGUUGUUUACAUCUCUUCAUUUUCAUCUGCUUUUGUUUCUAAGGAUAUUAGCAAGCAUACUACACUUUACACAGGUUAGAGAAAAUAAAGAAAUGAAACCUAGUACAAACACAAAAGCACAGAUCCUUUCAUAUAUAUGUAUAUAUUUAUAUAUUAGGGGUGGUACGAUACAUGCAUGAGGCCUUCAAACAAAUACAGACAAUCCAGAAGGGGGCCCUGAGCAGUGCAGCGCUGUUUGCUCACUUGAAAACAAAGUUCCCUAGACAGUGACCACACGCAGAUUCUCAACUCUGAUAAUAUCUAUACUCUAUAAUAUAUAUAUAAGUAUAAAGUUGUACGUAAGAUGUAAUUUUAUAACCGGCGUAAUCUUGAAUUCUUCUGUCAUUUUUUGGAGAGACUUGAGAAAGAAAAAAACUGUCCAAAGAUGCACUUUAUUGGAUUCUCUUUAUUUUGUUAAUGUCUAUUUCAUUUUAAGUAAGCCUUUUGAUGUGGUUUUAAUGGUAGCUGUAAGAACAUGUGUUUCUCUCACAGAGCUGUUUGUGAAUCUGUGAUCUCUUCUUGUAGAUCAGUGCAUGUUCUUCAUCUCAGGUGGCUUUUUUUGCGUCUAAACGGAGUGAAUCUUGACGUAAUGACAGACGUGUUGUUUUUCUGAUAAUGUAGGUUAAAGACCGGCUUCGUUAAUGGACUCUUUGUUUAGUCUUUUUAUGUUUUCAUAAUCAGUCCUUGACUCACUCGACAGAAUCCUGCUAAAUGAAUGCUGUUUAUUCUCCAACGAGUGAUGUGUGAGGGAAGUAAUUAGAGUGUGUGUGUGUGUGUGUGUCUGUGUGUGUGUGGGACUAUGUGUGUUUCUGUGUGUGUGUGUGUGUCUGUGGGACUGUGUGUGUGUGUGUGUGUAUGUGGGACUAUGUGUG